UAGUAACUUUUAUGCGAGGUUGGCAGACUUGCGUCAGCCACGUAAGUUUGACAAAUCAUUGACGUUUACGAAAAUGUCCAACAAGAUUUUUCACAAAAAAAUGUUUAGUGCGGCGAAUUUCAACUGAAUUUCGGAUUUAGGACUAAUUUAAUUAAAUGUCAAUUUCAACAUCGCGAUGACAGACAGACGCCCGAACGGCUUCCCAUCGCUCCGACAGGCCCCGCCGAUCGACCAAUUCAACGGGGCCCAUUCGUCGCAGUCGUCGCGAAGCUCGUCGCCCAACAGCAGGGCGAUACCGGCGUCCCAAUUGCCCCCGUCCAGGCCGCCUCUCGCGCUGGCAUCGCCUUCGAAACACCCCCCAGGGCCGCUGCCUACGAGCGCCCCGAUCGGCCCGUCGAACAUCAACAGCAACCCUUCGGGGGGCUCGAUAGAAAAAUUCGCGCCCGUAGUGAACGAUAACAGUGCGAACAUAAACGCGCAGCACUUGAUUCUCGAUGGAAACGUGCGAUGGAAACGAGCGACCUACGAUCAAUACUCGAACAGCGAGUUUGGUGCGAAUCCGAUCGAAAAUCGCUCGGUAGGGGUAGCUAAAAGUUCUAACGAGAUUCCGGCGAGGACGGCGUCGUCGUAUUUCGGGGAAGCGCCCGCGAAACAGCCGCUCGUAGAUGUACAAUCCACGUUCAACAGAAAUGUGCCUGCGAAUCCGGUUCGAUCGAGCCACGGUCCGUAUUCCAACGAUACAGCUCAGGUUAUACAGCCACAUGUAAAUUCGCAAUUGGCCAAGGACGAAGUCGUUACGAAAAUUCCGCUGAACGCGAGCGUUCCGAGCGAUCCGAUCGGGUAUCGAUCGCAGACUAGUUUUAAUAGAAACGCGCCGGCUACGAUGAAUUCCAAUAGGAUGCCAUACGGCGGGGUGUACAGCCACUCUACGAACGUGACCCAACAGAUGGGCGCUUUGAAAAUCGACCAAAAUCGAGCGAGAAUCGACAACAGCGCGCCGUUUUACGGCAACAGCGCCAACCAAAUUCGACCUGCCUACAACCAAAACGUGCCGCAAGCGCCUGCGAACGUCGUUCGAACGACCUACGAUGCCAAUAGACGACCGCCGUUGCCUCAAAACAGCCUGAAUUCGCCUCAGAUCGUCCCGAAUUCGCCUCAGAUCGUCCCGAAUUCGCCCCAAAACGGCCCGAAUCUCGCCUACAACCAACCGCCCAAAGUCAAUCUGCACUCGCAUCGCUACCCGACGCCCUUCGGCGACCACGCGCCCCACCACUACGAGCAACAAUUCGACCUGCUCCAACAACCGAACGUGUUACCACCGAUCAAAGAACCGCCGCCGGCGAUCCGCCUCCUCGAUCAGACCAACGUCGAAGCGAACUGCAGCCCCGAUCUGUUCCGAUGCACCAUCACCAACGUGCCGGAGAGCGCUUCGCUGCUGCAAAAAUCCCGCCUGCCGUUCGGCCUGUUGAUCCACCCGUUUCGAGACCUCGCCCAUCUGCCGGUCAUCCAAUGCAACGUGAUCGUCCGCUGUCGGGCCUGUCGCACCUACAUCAAUCCCUUCGUGACGUUCUCGGACGCGAAACGCUGGAAGUGCAACCUGUGCUACAGGAUCAACGAGCUGCCCGAGGAGUUCCAGUACGAUCCGUUGACGAAGACCUACGGCGAUCCGAGCCGAAGGCCGGAGAUACGAUCGAGCACGUUGGAGUACAUCGCGCCGGCCGAGUACAUGCUGAGACCGCCCCAGCCGGCCGUCUAUUUGUAUCUGUUGGACCUGUCGAGGGCCGCGGCGGAGACGGGGUAUUUGAGUACGGUGUGCGAGGUGCUGUUGGAGGAGUUGGGCGGCGUGCCGGGCGACGCCCGCACCCAAAUCGGAUUCGUCGGGUUCGAUUCGGCGUUGCAUUUUUAUUCGAUGAGCGAGGGCGCCAAUCAACCGCACGAAAUGACGGUGAUGGACGUCGACGACGCCUUCAUACCGACGCCCGACGAUCUGCUGGUGAACCUGCACGAUCGCCAGGACCUGAUCGUCGAUCUGCUGCGACUCCUUCCGCGCCGAUUCGCCCGUACAACGAACACCAGCAGCUGCUUGGGGGCCGCCCUGCAAGCGGCCUACAAACUGACCGCCUCCACCGGCGGCAGGAUCACCGUAUUCGCCGCCUCGUUGCCCGACACGGGCCCCGGCAAAUUGAUCAACAGAGAAUCGACCAACGGGGAGCUCACCGACGCAUCGAAGCUGAAUCCGGCCAACGAUUUCUACAAGAAAAUGGCGCUCGAAUGCAGCGCCCAGCAGAUAGCCGUCGAUCUGUUCGUGCUCGGCGAUCGCCACGUGGAUUUGGCGACGAUCAGCGGCGUCAGCCGCUUCACCGGCGGCCAAAUCCAACGUCAUCCGUUGCUCGACGGCGGCGGCGGCGUCGCGACGCGCGGCAAUUUCGCGCGAUCCUUUCGACGCUACGUCACGCGCAAGAUCGGCUUCGAAGCGGUGAUGCGCGUGCGCUGCAACCGAGGAUUGUCGGUCCAUUCGUUCCACGGGAACUUCUUCGUCAGAUCCACCGAUUUGCUGUCGUUGCCCAACGUCAAUCCCGAUUCGGGAUUCGCCAUGCAAAUCACCAUCGACGAGGCUCUAAACGACAUUCGAACGGCUUGUUUCCAAUGCGCUUUGCUCUAUACGUCGAGCAAAGGCGAGCGGCGCAUACGAGUGCACACUUUGUGCUUGCCGAUCGUUAAAAGUUUAACCGAAGUGAUCAAUUCGGCGGAUCAAGAGUGCGUGGUGGGUUUGUUGGCCAAGAUGGCGGUCGAUAGGAGUCUGACGAGCGGUUUGAUGGACGCUCGCGAGGCCUUCAUCAACGCGGUAAUCGACGUUUUGGGGGCGUAUAAAGUGAGUUUGAACGCGGGCGCGGCGCCGAGCGGGUUACCGGCGCCCGAUCGUCUGAAAUUAUUACCUUUGUACGUGAUGAGUUUGCUGAAGAACCGCGCGUUUCGCAACGAUCGCUCGAUCAAACUCGACGAACGGUUGUGCAAGAUGAUGGAGAUGAAAACGAAGCCUUUGUAUAUGCUGAUGUUGGAGAUUUAUCCCGAUUUGUAUGCGAUCGAUGAUUUGUAUAACCAACCGGUUGUUAGUACGGAUGACGGUGAGGAGGUUAACGUGCCGGUUAGAUUGCAAUUGACGGCGCGUUGUUUGCGCAACGACGGGAUAUUUUUGAUGGAUUCCGGCGAGAAAAUGUUGAUAUUAGUAUGCCCGAACGCUUCGCCGGACACCUUAAAACAAAUGUUCGAUGUUUCGAAUCUGAAGAGCUUAGUAAGUAGUUCGGAUGUACCGGAAUUGGAGAACGAUGUCAAUCGGAGAUUACGUAAGUUUAUCGAUUAUUUGAACGAGGAUAGGCCGUUUAGAGCCGCUUUAGAGGUGAUUAGAGACGAUAGUCCGAAUAGAGGGGAGUUCUUCGAGCGAUUGGUGGAGGAUAGAGGGGAGAACGCGCUGUCGUAUUACGAAUUUUUGCAGCACGUGAAGACUCAGGUGAAAUAAAAAUUGUAGGUUUCGUUUGUUCUCUAUUUAAAAUGGAAGGAUUGUUGUACGAUCGAUUGUUGACUAUGAAUUUAUUUAAAAAUUUUUUGAUCUUUUACAUGAACAAAGGCCAAAAAAAAAAUACUGAAAGAACUGAAUAAAUCCCGCGGAAAAAAUUAAACACCACAGUAAACUUUAGUAAGUUGGAAUCGAACUAACCUGAUAUUGUAAUUUAUUUGAGAAGAAUCAAAGAAAGCGAUGGUUUGUCGAGUUUGUAAUAGGACUCCGAUAAAAUAAGACUUUUUUUUAAAGUGUAGUUUAUUAUUUGUUUGUUUUUUUUUUUGAUUUAUUGUACUAUAUGAGAAAUUAUUGCUUGUACGUCGGUGUAAUAAAAGUAAUUGUUAAGGGUCAGUUUUUGUUUAGUUUUAUCUUAUUGUCCUUUAUUAUAUUUGUACAAUAUAAUUUUGAUUUUUUACCAAACGCAGGCCUUUUAAUACGCAUGACUGGAUCAUAAUGAAGGUGUUUAAUUGAGUAAUUAAUACAGGGUGUUAAUUAAUUGAGUGUCGAUACUUCAAGAUGUUUUUUUCUAAAACUAACACCCUGUAUAUAGCAGUAAUAUCGUGAAAUCAUGUUUUUAAAAUCAUGAAGAAAUAUUUACCAUUAUUUUAAAUUAUACAGAGUGGCUCAAAUUCAUUUUGUUGUCUCCUUUAUUAUCCUAAAAAGUUCUAAAUAAUUAUGGAAAAAGUCCCUGGAGAUAUUAUAAGACUUUGCUAUUAAUAGACAACUAUAUGAGAAAGUCCAGAGUAUCUAAAGGAUAUUCUGGAUAAAAUAAUAUACAUAUAGCUCGGAUAACUGGAUAAAAUCAACUCCGCGAAUAAAUACAAUAUUCUAUUUCGCAAAUAUUGCUGGCACAUAUUUAAAUAUUUAUUAAUUUAAUAUUACAAAGUUUUUUAAAAUAAAAUUUGAUAUCUUUAAAC